UCAGGGCCAGUGACUCGUUCGUGGCUGCAUCGGAUAAUAUCCGCUGUUUAAAAAGUAUAAAUUAGCAUUUUCUUUUAUAUAACAAUGGCAAGAACUUUUUUAUCGUGUGUGACAGUGUUUUGUUUAUUGAUUCUGGAAGUCACCGAUGUAUUGACUGUGGGUAAGCCAGUAAAUAGGGCCUGCGUGAUCGGUGCAGGUUAUUCAGGUCUAGCUGCAGCCAGGUACCUGCAGCAGUAUGGGGUCACCUACACAGUGUUCGAAGCCACUAGACACGUUGGUGGAACAUGGCGGUUUGACCCUCAUGUCGGCACUGACGAAGAUGGGCUGCCACUUUUCACCAGCCAAUAUAAAUACCUAAGGACCAAUACGCCGCGACAUACCAUGGAGUACAGUAGUUUCCCAUUCCCAGAAGGGACUCCGUCGUAUCCCUCGGGAACGUGCUUCUACAGGUACCUGAAACUCUUCGCCAACAAGUUUGACCUCAUGAAAAAUAUACAGCUGCGAAGUUUCGUGACGUCAGUGAAAUGGGCAGGUGACCGCUGGAACGUAACGUACAUGAAGACAGACACGAGGAACAACCACACGGAGCAGUGCGACUUCAUCGUGGUGGCUAGUGGGGAGUACCGCCUGCCGUCGUGGCCGAAGAUCGAGGGGCAAAACCUUUUUAGAGGUAACAUCAUUCACAGCCAUGAUUACAAGGAGCCGGAACCUUACGCCAACCGUCGGGUGCUCCUCGUGGGCGCAGGAGCCUCAGGCCUGGACCUCGCUACACACUUGUCCAACAUCACCUCUAAGCUGGUGCAUAGCCAUCAUUUGCAGUACAACCAGCCAAAUUUCUCCCCAACCUACGUCAAGAAGCCGGAUAUCAAAGAGUUCACAAGCAAUGGAGUCAUCUUUCAAGAUGGGACUUUUGAAGAGAUCGAUGAUGUUAUAUUUUGCACAGGCUACGAAUUCGACCACCCAUUUUUAGAGCAGACAACUGGAGUGACCUCAACGGGCAAAUACGUGCUUCCCCUGUACCAGCAGACCGUCAACAUCAGACACCCCACCAUGACCUUCGUUGGCAUGUCGAAGGGAGUCAUCAACAGAGUGAUGGACGCACAGGCGGAGUAUUCUGCAGCAUUAGCAGCUGGUAAAUUCCAACUGCCCAACCAAGAGACCAUGCUGAAGAUGUGGCUGGACCAUGUGUACUAUCUCCAGGCGCAGGGCAAGAAGAUAGUCGAUGUCAAUCUUAUUGGGAAUCAAAUGGAUAUUUAUUUCGCCAACUUGACAUCAGAAGCGGGCGUGGUAAGAGCCCCACCAGUUCUAACAGAAAUACGAGAUUUCAACGCCAAGAAUCGUCUCGAAGAUCUCCUUAACUACAGAGAUUAUGACUACGAAUUGAUUGACGAUAAACAUUAUAAGAGAUGGUAUAACAAACGAGAAGGAUUUCCUUGCCCUAUUCAAGAUUCGUAACUCAAAAAAUCUAAAAGAAACUUUUCGAAGACAUUGAAAAGUAAUGAAUAGCUGGUUUGCACCUAAUGGAAAAUCAUUACUUAGAAAGGCGGAUAUUGAAAUAAAAUAUUGAAUUUUGUUGUAACACAAGUAUUGACAAACUAAUCGUAUAUAUUUUUUUGUUAAUGUUUAUAUAUUUAAGGUCUACAAAGUCUGUCAUGUCAGCUAUAAGAAGGUAGGUAAAUGUGAUAUUAGCCAUGUCCAUGACAUAGAAUAGGGUAAGUGUAAAAGUUAGAGUUCAAAUUUAAUGAAAUGCUUUAUUUUGAAUUGUAUGCAUUUGAAAGAAAUGUUAUUAUCCAAUAUUAUUUGAUUUUUUUGAACUAUUAUAAGUAUUAAGACUUUUUAGGGUCUCGUCAUUUACUAAUAGAACUAUUAUAGGUUUGGUUUUAAUCCUCAAUCUGUCCGUCCGUACCGAAGUUAACUAUGUUAUUAGGAUACUCAUUUAGCACUUUAGAAUUUUAAAUUUAUAAUUAAAAAUAUACCUACGUGUAAUAUUAACAGGAAGAACAUCAAGAAAAAACACAACAGUUACAGGAAUUCGUCCAUUAAUGCUUGAUUUGUUUAGGAAGUUAAAAAAGUGAAACCGAAGGCAUCCAAUAAUAUUUUUCCAAUAGAAAGUACAACAAAGCCUUAUUUUGAGAGUAAUAUAUUGUAAGAGACACAAUUAGGUAAAGAAAAGCCUCUGUUUAAAGCCAUAGUGAUAUAUAAUAAGUAGGUAUUUUUGUUAAAAAAAUUAGUCCAUUUAAUAAAUAACCUUCUACUUACGAAUACUUACGAGUAAAAACUUUUUGAAGAUUAUAGGUUUAAGAUUAGUUUAAGUCAACAUCCGUUACCAGUUAUUUAAGUUGAAUAUGACAAUAAAAGAUAUUGGUGUCA